AUGAAGCUUGUUUUGGUUGUCUCUCUUCUACUGCUACCCUUCUUCCUUCAGCAAGCUCAAGGGAUUCGGCCGGAGAAGGGGUUUCUUGAUCAUCACCAGCAGGAAUCCGAGGUAGUGGCAAUGGAGAAGAAGAGCUCAUCACCACCAUCAAUGGAGGAAAGAAGUAGUUUUGAUGAUCAUCAUAGUAAUGGAAACAGAGUAGCAGUAGUAGUGGGAGAAGAUGGAGCUGUGUGCAAAGAAGGGCAGGAAUGUAAGAAUACAGUGUCAUCAGUUACCAAGAAAUCAUCAUCGUCUUCCUCCUCACAUCAUUGGCUUCAUGAAGAUUACUAUGGUCCUAAGAUUCACAGACCUAGGCACCAUUAA